GUCCCGACCAUCCCACCACCUCCCGGCCUCCUCGGACUCAAUCAUCCGCCCCAUCCACUCCUCCUCCUCCUCCCUCACUUACACACCAUGCUGGCCAGUCGGUGUUUCGCGGCGCCGGCUGCGCUUAGGAGCCUCCCGCGAUGCCAACAACACUCCCAGCAGCUCUUCUGGAGACAAGCGGCGGCGCAGAGAAUAUGGAGGUCGUAUGCCACUACCUCCGAAAAGGACAAGGUGGCCAAAUUCAAGGGAACCAAAGGGAGCGAUGGCAACUACACCGUCACAUUAAUAGAAGGUGAUGGCAUUGGGCCCGAGAUUGCCCAGUCCGUCAAAAACAUCUUUUCCGCUGCCAAAGUGCCCAUCAAGUGGGAAUCUGUCGACGUGACGCCCAUCUUCAAGGACGGCAAACAGGUUAUCCCCGACGAAGCCAUCGACUCGGUCACUCGCAACUACGUCGCCCUCAAGGGCCCUCUCGCUACUCCUGUUGGCAAGGGCCACGUCUCCCUCAACCUCACCCUUCGACGCACUUUCAACCUCUUCGCCAACGUGCGGCCGUGCAAGAGCAUUGCGGGCUACAAGACGCCCUAUGACAACGUCGACACCGUCUUGAUCCGCGAGAACACCGAGGGCGAAUAUUCUGGCAUCGAGCAUGUGGUGGUGGAUGGCGUGGUGCAAAGCAUCAAGUUGAUCACCCGUGAGGCAUGCGAACGGGUGCUGCGCUUCGCCUUCCAAUACGCGCAGGACGUGGGCAAGCCAAAGGUACGCGCGGUGCACAAGGCGACAAUCAUGAAGAUGUCCGACGGCCUGUUCCUCAGCAUCGCCAAGGAGGUCUCCAAAGAAUUCCCUGAUGUCGAGUUCGAUGCGGAACUGCUGGACAACACCUGUUUGAAGAUCGUCACCGACCCCGCGCCGUACAACGACAAGGUGCUAGUCAUGCCGAAUUUGUACGGAGACAUUCUCUCGGACAUGUGCGCCGGUCUGAUCGGAGGCUUGGGUCUUACACCCUCCGGCAACAUUGGCGACGAGUGCUCCAUCUUCGAGGCCGUGCAUGGCUCCGCACCCGACAUUGCCGGCAAGGCUCUGGCAAACCCAACAGCCCUCCUGCUCUCGAGUAUCAUGAUGUUGCAACAUAUGGGGCUCAUGGAGCACGCAGACAGAAUCCAGAAUGCCAUCUUCAAGACCUUGGCCGAGGGCAAGACCAUCACGGGCGACCUGGGCGGCAAGGCGAAGACACACGAGUACGCAGAUGCGGUGAUCAAGAACCUUGCGUAAUUGUCCCGUAGCUGGUCAGAUAGCAUUCCUGUUGUUAAAUGGUUUGGGGUUGUGGAACUCAUGCAAAUGAGGGAGUUCUUGUGAGAGGGGCGGGUUGUCCAAACAGCCAAUCUAUUGCAUUCAAUCUCACGCUGUACUCUUCUAAACAACACUUGCGCGCUCACCACCUAAUGUAAAUGUCAGCGGCCGGCUUUAACGUCAACUUUGGGGCCAUCUAACAGCGUGGUUAAUGCCCGGGGAUGCAUUAGUCACCCCA